AUAGUUUCCCACCAAGUAUUCAAGAAAAUAUGAAAAGUUUACUCAUAUAAUCACGAUUCGAAACUUAAUUGACUUUUUCACGUGUAUAACGUCAUAACAAAUUCCAAAUCGUUGCGGAAGCUCAAAAUAUGGUUCUAAAAAUCGGAAAAAAAUCACACAGUCAUUUGAACUAAUGAGCUUUCGUUUCCGUAAACUUGCAAAUUGGAAUUCGGAAAAAAUGUUUUCUGGGCCUGCCUAAUGGCUAUUGAUUCUGAGGACUUUGUGAACCUCAUUCGAGGAGAAAAGAAUGACUCUUGAUCUAGUAUUAAAGGCCAAGCAGGAAGGUCCAACAGUAGAGGUCCACAAAACAAGAGAUCUGAUCCUAGGCAAGCUGUUCAAUCAGAGAAAGAAAAUUCAAAUCCAACUCACCAAAAAUACCUUCGUUUAUAGUAUUGAUACAAUGAACCCUCCUAUGGAAACCUGGAUGUACUGUCUACCACUCGAUGCAAGUCGCACACUGACUUACGAGUGUGUAGGCUGUGGAGUCUAUCGUGAGUGUAAGGGGUGCAGACAGGAGUGUUUACUGACUAUACUGCCACAUUAUUAUGUAUGUAUUGAGCUUGAUAUUCGGGAGGAUCUUAAGGCAGAGAUUGGGAAAACGUGUCGACUUGAACAAAUUCUAUCAACGAUAAAUCUUGGAUCAAUAUACAGGUUAACCGGAGUAAUUGGCUUCACAAGGAAUCCAAAUCAUUUUAUUGCCUAUUGUAGGAGGGCAGACAUUCGUUGGGAAAUUCACAACGACUGUGAUUAUAAGUCAUCCAUGUGGACCUUCAAAGGUUAUCGAGCCACAUCUAGCAAUAUACAUGAGAAAAGAUCUCAAACACUACUCUCCACCACCACCCUGUGACUUACAAAUGCCGAUGAAUGACCCAAUCAUUGAAUACCCUAGUAGUCCCGUUGAAUCUGUCCUUGUAGAAUCUGAAGAAGUUCCCAUCGAACAGGAUUCAUCUUCAAGCCAUUU